CUGUCAGUCUAAAUGUCAUUCAGAGCUGCAGUUACUCAACUGAUGGAGAUCAGAUGAGAUCGGACUGACUUCAGUGAGAUCUGGUCGCUCAGAGGGGUUUUCAGGACUUAGAUCAUGGCAGGGCUGCUUUCGGCGGCUGCUGCUGUCGCUGUGCGCUGUGGAUCGAGAGCUUUACUGCGCUUCAACACACGAGCUGCUGCUGGGACUUAUAGUGCUGCUCGUGCCCGGUUAUUAGCCCUGAAUCAUGUUAAACCUGUAGCAUCCAUAGGAAAUACCUACUCAUUCCCACUCUUAUCCUACUCCACUGAAGCACCAAAAGAUGGCAAACCAGGUGGACCAGAAAAGGGGCCAGGAGGAGGAAGAGGAAGAAAAGGGGGGAGUAAAGACUGGAAGAGUCGGUUACUUCAGGGAGAUGUACCAUGGGACGAUAAGGACUUUCUGUAUAUUUUGAUCACAGCGGGAGGUGUAGCUUCUGUUCUGUUGUACCUGUACCUCAGAGAUCCAGGAAGAGAGAUCACAUGGAAGGAUUUUGUCCAUCGCUACCUGGGUAGAGGGCUGGUUGACCGUUUAGAGGUCGUGAACAAACAGUUAGUCAGGGUCAUUCUGAUACCUGAGGCUGACAACUCUGAAGGAAGCUAUGUGUGGUUUAAUAUUGGCAGUGUGGACACAUUUGAGAGGAAUCUGGAAGCUGCUAAUUAUGAACUGGGUUUAGAACCGUCCCAUAGAGCAGCAGUGGUUUACACCUCAGAGAGUGAUGGGUCUUUUCUAAUGAGCUUCAUUCCCACUCUGCUGCUAAUUGGCUUCUUACUUUUCACCCUGCGUCGUGGACCAAUGGGAGGAGGGAUGGGUGGAGGAAGGGGUGGGCCCUUCAGCAUGAGCGAAUCAACCGCCAAGAUGAUGAAGGACAAUAUAGAAGUGAAGUUUAAAGAUGUGGCUGGAUGUGAAGAGGCCAAAGUGGAAAUCAUGGAGUUUGUAAAUUUCCUCAAGAACCCUCAACAAUACCAGGACCUGGGUGCUAAGAUCCCUAAGGGUGCUGUGUUGUCCGGCCCUCCAGGUACAGGAAAGACGUUGCUCGCUAAAGCUACUGCUGGAGAGGCUAACGUUCCUUUCAUCACAGUCAACGGCUCCGAGUUUCUCGAGAUGUUUGUUGGUGUUGGUCCAGCCAGGGUGAGGGACAUGUUUUCUAUGGCAAGGAAGAAUGCGCCCUGCAUCCUCUUCAUCGAUGAGAUAGAUGCUGUGGGCAGGAAGAGGGGUGGUGGGAAUUUCGGUGGGCAGAGUGAACAGGAAAACACCCUCAAUCAGUUAUUGGUGGAGAUGGAUGGAUUCAAUACUAGUACAAAUGUUGUAGUUCUAGCUGGUACUAACAGGCCUGACAUACUCGAUCCCGCAUUGAUGCGGCCGGGAAGAUUCGACAGGCAGAUUUACAUUGGGCCUCCUGAUAUUAAGGGUCGAGCGUCCAUAUUUAAAGUGCACCUGCGGCCCCUCAAACUGGACCCCGGUCUAGACCGUGAUGGAAUUGCGAGGAAGAUGGCGGCUGCUACACCUGGAUUCACUGGUGCUGAUAUUGCAAAUUUGUGUAAUGAAGCUGCUCUCAUUGCUGCCAGACAUCUAAAUGAAUUCAUCAAUGUGAAGCACUUUGAGCAGGCCAUCGACAGAGUCAUCGGUGGUCUGGAAAAGAAGACACAGGUCUUACAACCCACUGAGAAGAAGACAGUAGCAUAUCAUGAGGCAGGACAUGCUGUGGUGGGCUGGUUUCUCCAACAUGCUGACCCACUGCUUAAGGUGUCUAUAAUUCCUAGAGGGAAGGGUUUGGGUUAUGCACAAUACCUUCCCAGAGAGCAGUAUUUAUAUACACGCGAACAGCUGUUUGACAGGAUGUGCAUGAUGCUGGGUGGACGUGUAGCAGAGCAGGUGUUUUUCAGCAGAAUCACCACCGGAGCUCAUGACGACCUUAAGAAGGUCACACAAUCCGCGUAUGCUCAGAUUGUGCAGUUUGGCAUGAGUGAGAAAGUGGGGCAGGUGUCAUUUGACCUUCCUCGGCAGGGUGAGAUGGUUCUGGAGAAGCCCUACAGCGAGGCCACAGCAGAACUCAUUGAUGAAGAGGUCAGAGAGCUGGUCGACCGGGCCUUCAAGAGAACUCUGGAGCUCAUCACUGAGAAACGAGAGCAUGUGGAGAUGGUUGGUAAGCGUCUACUGGACAAAGAAGUUCUAGACAAAGCUGAUAUGAUCGAAUUGCUGGGACCCAGGCCAUUCGAGGAGAAGUCCACAUAUGAGGAGUUUGUGGAGGGCACGGGCAGCUUUGAAGAAGACACAACUCUUCCAGACGGGUUGAAGGACUGGAACCAACAGCGAGGCGAAAACCAGGAGGAAGCACCAGCAUCACAGGAGAAACAGGCUGCUUGAACUGAACAUUUGAAAUACCUUCACCAUGCCUCCGACUCUUGCCUUACUUACCUCAGUGGGGAGGGCGAGUUUGUUAUAUUGGCUUGAUAUGAGAGGAAACACUUGACUUUUUUUGCCAUUUGCAUUUCACUUUCCUCUUUAACCAAAAGCAGUGACUUCACUGAAUUUGAAAUGCCUUAACUGUACCAAGCAAUGACGUCUGUACACCAACUCAUACUUGGGGACAUGAACAACCUAGAAUUAUGUUUAUUUUUUUUUUAUCCUUCAGUUUUUGCUAUUACAUUAUAAAACUAAAUUCUGUAUUUUAUUCUCAUUUAUCUUCCUCUUUACAGAAGUGGAAGAUGAAAAACAAUCUGUAUAUACUGUAUGUACAAUUUUCAUUUGUGUGUUUUAAGAAAGUUUGAAAGAUAAAUUGUGCAUAUUUAAUUAAAUUAAAUGGGUCAUAUCAUGA